AUGCCGGCGCUGAAGUUUGUUAGAUCUGUCUGGGAAUCAUUCCGAGCCAACUCCGGCCUGGAGCCAAGACUACUAGACGGUCUACGAGUGACCUCGGCAGUCCCAGGACGCGUCAAGUUUGAGCUAGACAUCCAGAAGGAACAUACAAACCGGCUGAACAUCCUCCAUGGCGGCACCAUAGCUAGCAUGGUCGACCUCGGCGGCUCUCUAGCAGUAGCCUCGCGCGGCCUUUUCGCAACCGGCGUAUCCACCGACCUGAAUGUAACCUACCUCUCUUCUGGCGGCAAAAUCGGAGAUCUGAUCAAAGCUGAAGUAACGUUCGGCAAAACCCUUGCAUUUACGUCAAUCAACUUCAGCAACAGCAAAGGCGAAGUUUUCGCUAGAGGUAGCCAUACCAAGUACGUUGCAUUGGCUUGGAAAGAUCCCAACAAUAUCGUUGAGGAACUGAGUCCGAAACCCGAGAAGAAGGAGUAG